UGGUUUGGAUAAAAAGAGCUCAGAUCCAGCCAGGAAAUUAUAGACAGCAGGGGCUGUGUGUGGACCAGGAAUGAUAAAGUAACUUGGGGAAGAUCAGGCUGCCCAUCCCAAGUGUUCCUCCUUUCUUAAUGCAAUUCUUCCUAGGACAUCAGAACUCCACACCUCACUUCCUUUCUUCCUGAACAUCCUGAGUCUGAAUUCCAGUUUUAGAUCAUUCUGAGGGAACUGCCCUUGCUGGUGUGCAAAGACCUUCUCUGAGAGGAGAGCCUUCAGAGAGGAGCCAUUACCAUCAGGUCAAGGUCACCACUGCUGAGCUUUUACCAGACAGAGCCAUGGAUUGGGCCUCCAGCUUUAAUGCGUUCUUUAAGGAUUUUAAGAAGGAAAGCAAACUCCUCUCUGAGGAGACCAUCACCUUGAUUAAAUCCCACAUUGAGAAAAAUAAGCUCCAGGAAGCACUUUCUAUAAUACAAAAUGCACUGAGAGACAUCGAGAAUGCCCCCCUGAACAUUGCUGUGACAGGGGAGACAGGAGCAGGAAAGUCCACGUUCAUCAAUGCCCUGAGGGGUGUGGGGCAGGAAGAAGAAGGUGCAGCUGCCACUGGGGUGACAGAGACAACCAUGGAGAGAAAGCAGUAUGAGCAUCCCAAGUUUCCCCAGGUGAAAAUAUGGGACCUGCCUGGCAUUGGGUCCACUAACUUCCUGCCACAAGACUACCUAAAGAAAAUGAAGUUUGAAGAGUAUGACUUCUUUAUUAUAAUCGCUGCUACACGCUUCAAAGAAAAUGAUGCAAAACUAGCCAAAGCCAUCAAUGACAUGAAGAUGAAAUUCUAUUUUGUCAGAACCAAGACAGAUGUUGACUUAUAUAGUGAACAGAGAGGUAAACCUAAGACUUUCAAUAAGGAGAAUGUCCUGAUGAAAAUCCGAGAUGACUGUUCAAACAAUCUCAAGGAGGUUCUCUCCAGAGAGCCUCAAAUCUUCUUAGUCUCUAACUUUGAUGUGUCUGACUUUGACUUCCCAAAGCUAGAGACCACCCUAUUGGGUGAGCUCCCAGCCCACAAACGCCACCUCUUCAUGCUGUCCCUGCACAGUGUUACUCAGGCCACCAUUAACCUCAAGAGAGAUUCCCUGAAGCAGAAAGUGUUCCUAGAGGCCAUAAAGGCUGGAGCAUUGGCCACCAUUCCACUUGGUGGCAUAAUCAAGGAUGAGUUAGAGAAUCUGGAUGAAAUAUUCAAACUCUACAGGUCUUACUUUGGGCUGGAUGAUGCCUCACUGGAAAAGAUUGCUGAAGAUUUUAACAUUUCUGUGAAUGAAUUCAAGGUGCACCUUCAGUUUCCCCAUUUGUUUACAGAAGACAAUGAUGUGCCCUUAGAAGAAAGACUAGUGAAAUAUAUCAAACACAUUUCCUCCAUUACUGGUGGACCAGUUGCUACCUGCAUUUACUUCAGAAAGACUUACUAUUUGCAGAAUCUCUUUCUGGAUACUGCUGCAAAUGAUGCUAUUGCUCUUCUUAAUAAGGAAGCUCUUUUUGAAAAGAAAGUGGGACCAUAUUUAUCUAAGCCCCCCGAUUACUGGGAAUGAUGGGAAAAUGAGUUACAAGCUCCAACCAGUAUUUACUUUUCACCUUGCUUUGGACACUGACUCAUAACCUACUCCAGAGUAACAAACCUUGUCUGUGGAGCACCAGAGCAUUCAUCCUUUUCCUCUUCUGGUGCCAGAAGCUCACUGUGUCAAGUGUUCAAUUGUGCUGUAGCAGUAGAAGAAGAAUCACCAACACUGUGUGAAUGCAUGAGGAAACCUCACUUCCAUUAAAAUUGUAUGUAAAUAACACAUGAUAAUAUGAAUUUGAUUUGAAAUUCUGUUAUGAAAUGAAUCCUAGAUCUUUAGCCCCUGUGAAAGUCUUCACACACUUCUAUAUUCUCACACUGCUUUGAGGGGUUUCUGAAACAGCAGCAUCUGGUGCCCAGGAUUGUAUAGACAAACACAUCUACUUAAAAGGUGUGAUCCUCACACAGGAGGCACACAACAGGUGGGGACUGUGACCAUAGGCCAAGUUCCAUCCCAGAGGAGCUUGGUGAAAAAAAA